GCAGUUAAAAAUAGAGAAGUAGCCUUUCACAGUAAUAAUAUAUAAUUAACUCCGUUUUACCAAGAUUAUAAAUUAAAAUUUUGCUUUCAGAAACAUUAAAAUAAUUUUUAAUGUUUACAAAUUAUUUUUAAAAUUUUAAGUAAUCUAUUUUACAAUAUUUUAAUGUUUUUAAAAUAAUUAUAUUCUUCAAGAUCGUGAUUUUUAGUUUUUAUUAUUUAGCCGCUUUUGUUGAGCUUAGUCACUGUGAUCAUUUAGAACUAAAACAAAUAAGUACUUUUGAUUCAACUGAACUUGUACACUGAUCUACAAGUGACUUGUUAAUCACAUAUAUAAGAAUGUCAAGAGGAAGUAGUGCUGGGUUUGAUAGAUUCAUAACUAUAUUUUCCCCUGAAGGAAGACUGUAUCAAGUCGGUAUGUCUCGUAAACAAAUUUGUUUUAUUUAAUCACCUAUUGUCGAUUACAUUGGCAACAUACUAAUACCAGUAAUUUCAGUAUGAACUGAUUAAAUGAUUGUUUAGUUAUUCGUACCAGUUAUUCUAAUUUUUUUACCAACUAGCUAGUAGUCCUUUUUUUUUUUUUUUGUUUGGCCUGCACUAUGUUUUCAGGGACUAAAGGCUAAUCCUAAAGCCACUAAAGGAUGGACCCAUAAAUUAUAAAUACUUCAAAGUAGCUGUGUUUACUGCGGCGUGUACCUAGCAAAGACCAUUGCCCUAGGCCCUUUUUUUUUUUUUUUUAUCUUUUUUGUUUUUUUUUUUUUUUUUUUUUUUUGUAUGGCCUGCACUAUGUUUUCAGGGACUAAAGGCUAAUCCUAAAGCCACUAAAGGAUGGACCCAUAAAUUAUAAAUACUUCAAAGUAGCUGUGUCUACUGCGGCGUGUACCUAGCAAAGACCAUGGCCCUAGGCCCGCGUAAACUGCUUAAAAAAAUUACCACUAGCCUCAUUACUCGUUGGUAACAAAAGUGUUAUUUUUGUUAGCAAUUUACAUAAUGUGCCGAUUAUUAAGAAUUUAAUCUUGAAACUCGUAAUCGUAAGUAGGUACUUAACUAAGCGGCGCGUUCCGAUGAGUUUUUCAGAUGUCCGAAACAGACCAUGAACCGAUGACCGAUCAUUGACUGUAGGUCAAUGAACAAUGAACUUAUUAUUAUUAUUUAUAAUCUGUUUUGUGCACACGAGGAGGAUCAUUACAACAUAAACUUUCUCACCGGACUUAAAGCGCUUGUAGCAGAUAUAUUUUGUGGGGGAAAAAAGGUAAGCUUGCUAGCACUAUAUUUCAGAAACCAAAAUAGUUUUCCAAUUAAUUCUUUUUCUAGCCAAUGUAAGAACCACUUAACUUUCACUGAUUGAAACUAUCAACAUCUUGAAAUUUAGAUAGAACUAAAAUUGUCUAGACAAGGUAUAAUUUGAGAAUAUUUCGUAACCAGCUAUCGAUUAGGCCAAAUGAACCUUAAGUCAUAAGUGAUAGCCGUUCUCUGUUAUUCUUCUUUUAAUUACAUAAGUAUUUAAAAUCUUUAUUUAUCCAUUGUUUAAAAAGCCACCCAGUUCAUUGAUAUUACAUAAUCUGUCUCCUUUUUUUAAAAUUUUCCUAUUGUAUGCCCUUUCUUGCCUUUUUAAGCUUUACUGCUUUAGUUCAAAGCUAUUAUAUUUGGCUUUUCAGAGUUAAUCCAGUCUUUAAUUCUGGUCAUUUUUUAAAAUAACAGCUAAGCCCGUAGUUUGUAUCUCAGUAUUUCCUUUUUUUAAAAUAUACAGCCAUGUCACCAACACUUUUUGGAGGAGCUGUGAAGAGUUAUGCUUCUAGUAAUACCGGUUCUUACGAUUCACACCUUUCCAUUCCAUUUGGAUGAGCUGUAAUGAGGACUCAAAGACUACCAGACUUCUUUAUAUAAGUAAAUUUAUAUCCGAUGAAUGAAAAAUGUUCCCUUAUGGAUAUGUAAUAAAUACUUGGCUUACUCUGAAAAAAAAUAAAUGUUAGAACAUCACAAUAUAAUAUCUAUACUUGAUAGACAGGAUAAAUAAAAUCACCAUUGUCUUAAUUAAUAAAUAAUUUAAUUACAAAACUAUGACAUGGAAAUACACAAUCUGUACUUAAAUUAAAUAUAUAUAAAAAUCAAUAUAGAAGGUAUAUAUAGUUACUUAUGUUAAAAUGCUUAUUUUGUGUUUAAUUAGAAGGAAUUUCUAUCUCUAUUUCAGUUUGUCUGGACUACAAGACCCACAUUUAAUUACAAGGAGUUUGUGUAACGAUGAAAUGGAAGAUAAUUCCUAUCCUGCUUAGUGGUACUGAUCGCCCAGUUGUGCCAAGUGUUUAUUCAGCAAAAAUUUUCAAGAUAGAUCUCUGGAAUAAUGCCUCAACAACCAAAACGUGUCUGCGUGAACAAUUGUUGUACUCUUUUAAAAAAAAACUAUCAGGUGUGACUGAAUGGCCCACUGGAUGAUCCACCACAUUAUGGACCACCAGAGCAUAAUCUUAACAGCUAUUGAUAUAUUUCAUCAUCAACUGCAUUUAUUUGGCAAUUUAUACACUGAGUUGAAUCAACAAUAUUGACCCAAAGCAAACCAGUUUCGGAAAAACAUUCAAUACCAAUGGUAUCUACACUCAGGACUCUAUUAAUCUAUGUCAUAAACUGAAUCAUUACCAAUGGCAUCUAUAACUGUUAUAAUUUUGAUCAAAACUGCCAUGGACUCCGCAAGCAUGUUUCUUUAGAACAUUACUAUUACCUUUAUAUGAAAGAAAGUGUAUCUCUAUUAUUCAGCCAUUCAAUGAACUAUAAAAGUACUAAUAUAAUGUUAAGUGAUCAUCAUUUGGACUGUGGAAUCUAAUAGCAUGGCUACUUGGAUUAUCAAUUUCAUGGAUUGGAUCAUGGAUGAUUGGAUUUAACAUUUGUGAUAAGUAUUUUUUCAAAGCGACUUAUCCAUCAUUUAAAAUACAUUAUUUAAUCUUUUCUGUUGAAUUAUUCACAGUAUUAACUCAUUCCGUAUGGCAGUGCUACUCUGUACAAUUUAUUUGCAUGAGAAAGGGAAGUAACUCCGUUUUGCAAUUGAUUUACAUUAGUAAAAAAAAUUUUUAGCUUGUAAAUAUUAUUUAAUGUUAAUGAAUUAAGAACUAAUGCCCCAAAAAAUUUAUUAAGUUCAAUAAAAAAAUAUAUAAUUGGUGGCGAAAAGAUAGCAAACGAUGAUAAAAAAAUUGAUUUUCGUCACCUCGGGCCAACACAUGCUACAUAUAGAUUCACCAUACUAAAGCACAAGUUGUUUUAAAGUAAAACAAGAUAAAAACUUAUGGUUUUUAAAUUGAAAUCGAGUUGAAUCACGCCAUCGAGGGAUACAAGAUUUCAAUGCUAUUUUUAAAUAUAAAUGAGAGAGGUGUGUCGCUAUGCGCAGUUGCAACCGUCGGGAAUGAGUUAAUAUUAUUUCACUAGAUGAUUGUAUGCAUUAACUCAAUUAUUUGAAUUAGUAAUAUUUAUGCAAUUUGUACUUUUAAUGCACAUAAAGGCUACAUUUUAAAAUUAAAGUUACUCACUCUCUGUUGCUCAAAUGCCAUUGAUUUAAUUUAUUUAUUGAUUUCUUAAUAUUAAAAUGGCUUAUUUAUUACAGCCCAAUACCUAAUUACGCUUUGCUGAAAAUUUGAAGGCUUUGACUUCAUUUGUAAAUGAGUUAUGGUAUUUUGAGUGUCGAAAACAUCUAAUUUUUUAAAGAAAUUUACUUACCCUCUGUUGUUCAAUACCACUCAUUAAUACAUUAAUCAAUAAAUUAAUAUUAAAAUGACUUUUUAUAAAAGCCCAAUACCUAAUUAAACUGUGCUGAAAAUUUGAAGGCUUUCACUUUACUGGUAAAAAAAGUUAUAACAUUUAGAGUAUUGAGAACAGGUGCUACAUUUUGAAUGAAAUUUACUUACCCUCUGUUGUUCAAAUCACAGGCAUUAGGCAUUAAUAAAUAAUAUAUAUAUUGUAGCAUUUGCAUCACAAAGAUUUAUUAUUAAAGUCCGGUACUUAAUCGAAAUGCGCUGCAAACUUCAGAGCUUUAACUUUGCUGACUAAAAAGUUAUUGCAUUUUGAGUGUCAAAGGUGUCUUACUUCAAUCAUAGAAUUUUGGAAAUUAUUUACUAAGGCUAUAUAAGGGAAAAUUCUGACACUAAAAAUGCGAUAACUUUUUUUCUAAUUAAGAUAGAAAAAUAAACUUGGUAUCAAUGGAAUGGAAAUACUGAGACCUUUCUAAUGAUAUAAGUUUCAUUAAUGUAUAACAAAUUUUAAAAUUUUUAGUGAAGGACCUAUUUUAAGAUUUGGCUUGUUUCUUUAACAAUAUGUAAUAAAGGACUGAAAAACAGUAUACAAAGAAAAAUGAUGCCAGAUUUGGAGAUAUUAAUAAUUUUCAAUAUAAUUUUGAUAUUUAAUUUAUAUAAAAAUUCAAAAUUAAAUAUGCAGAAAUAAAAACUAUAUAACUUACAGCAUAGCAAGUGAAAAUGUAUAAUCCUCGAAGAAGAAAGAUCAAAAUCAACUUUCUAGCUUUAGUACUUUUUGAGCUAUGAAUUUUUAAAGCGUGAGGUAGUUUGUAAUUUUUUACAUUGGCUGCCCCUCAACAUUAUGUGAACCAGUUCUGCUGAUCAAUAACUCUUGUUUAAGUGAUAAUUUUAUACAACUUUUAAUUUUAACACUAUUAUGCAAUUAUAAAUAAAUAGUAACUUAUCUAGCUACCGGUAUGUAAUAUGCAUUAUCAGUAAAUUUAAUAAAUAAAAGAUGGCUAUUCUUUUUACCAAGUCUAAGGCAUCCAUUUGGUCUAAGAAAGGCAAGGUAUCCCCCUAAAAAUAAUACUAGUUUGGCACUUCUUAUUUUUAACUUUUGCACAUUACUAAUUAUUUAAAGCUUUCCCUGACCAAUGAUUUUAUAGUGUUUUCACUUGGCAAUCUCUGAUGAAUGAAAGUAUGAGAAUAAUAUUAUAGUAGUAUAACACAAGUAAGUGACUUUCAAUUGUUGCACAUGACAAAUUAUGAUGCCUUUUGUGUACCUAGGAAUUUCCAAAAUUAGGGUUGAUUGAAAAAGCCCAAAAUUAUGAUGGAAAUAUAGGUCAAGAUGUCAACUACUGUGUACAUGUGGAUGGAUCCCACAAUUUUAUGACAAAAUAGUCCUUUCAUUAAUGGAAAAGCACAACCGUCCUAAAAUUAAAAACUCAGAUUUUUAAGCGCAGACACCCAUUUCUGAAACGCAAAAAUAGUACCUAUGUUAUAAAGCACCUAUGGUAAUACUUUUUUUUAAAAAUUCACGAGGCUGUUUGAUAUUCAUUUAUCAACUUAAGUUAUUGUUUUCAUUUGCUGUUACAUGUUUAGGCCCUAAUCUCUUCUAUAAAUUUCAGAAUAUGCCUUCAAAGCAAUCAAUCAAGGAGGUCUGACAUCAGUAGCGGUCCGUGGAAAAGAAAAUGCAGUUGUAGUUACACAGAAAAAAGUCCCAGUAUGUUGAUUAUUACAAUUUAAAUCUUUCAUUAUCUGAUAUUGUGAAUGUAAUUACAUUUAAAUUACAAUAAUGCUGAUAUUUAAUUUCAUUAAUAGCAUAAGUUAUAGUUGAUUACUAUUCAUCUAGCCAAAAGUUAAUCAUAUUUGUAAACAAAAUUAUCUGACUUGAACAUUGUAUUGACAGGACAAACUUUUGGAUGCCGAUACUGUUACUCACCUGUACAAGCUAACAGACACCAUAGGUUGCGUCAUGACCGGCAUGAUCGGUAAACUAUUUAAAAAUUUUAGAUUUUUUAAAGCAGACAAUUUUUUCAAGGUCUAGUGAAUGACAUUGUUACUUUAGAUUGCUGAGGUCUUAGUCUACCCCACAAGAUUCAAAUACAUAACCAGAAGCAGAAAAACAAAAAUACCCAAAGUAGAUGGCGCCACUAUUUAUUUGGUUUUAACAUCAGCAUUAUCAUUAUGUCAUCAUAGAUGGAUAUUUUUUUGUUCCAGGCGUAUCAUUUUAUGUGGUCAGCUUAUUAAUGGGUUAGAUUCUUUUCAUGCUUUUCCCAUCCAAAAUUAGGGUGUUGGCUUAUAGAUGAACAGGCUUAAGAACAAGUAUCUAUAUUUACAUAUUCAAAUUCAAACACCUAUGAUAGAGAAUGUUUGCAUAAUAUUAAAAUACAUAUUCCAAACAUUUCAAUUGUGGGAGAUCAGAUAUUUUAGUAACUAUUUGAGUACAUUUGCAAGAGUUUAUAUGGAGAGUAAAUGGAAUAAAAUAUUUAUUUUCCACUUUGACUCAAUACAGCAUAAACCAAAUACAUAAUUUCACAUAGGUGCAAGAUUGUUUACUGUUGUGUUUUACUACACUUCCACAAAAAUUCUUUCUUUUUUUGUGUGCGAAUGUGACUUGUGUCUGCCUUCCACACAUUUUUUAUGUUCAGGACUUGUGCCUGCCAUUGUUUCUUUUUAUUUAGUAAGUAUGAUUUACGUUUUGUGUAUAAUUUAAAUUCAUGCACUUUUGUUUUUAAUUGAUGAAAUUUUUUACAUGCAUUUUGCCUAUUUUAUUAACUAAAACUUAACAAUACUUGUUACAUCUACAUAAAGUUUGGGUGUUUGAACAAAUUUAGAGUAUUAUCAUAUUCCAACCUCUUAUAAUUUCAGCUGAUAGCAAGUCCCAAGUACAGCGCGCUCGCUAUGAGGCAGCUAAAUGGAAGUACACUUAUGGGUAUGAUAUUCCUGUGGAUAUGCUUUGCAAAAGGAUUGCAGAUAUCAACCAAGUUUACACCCAAAGUGCUGAGAUGAGGCCGCUGGGAUGUUGUAAGUUUGUUUCAAUGUAUUGUUUGAACUUGGGAUAAAAUUUACAGAACAGAGAUCACUUUUCUUUGUUAUAUAGGCCAUCUACAAGAAUUAUCCAUUCAUAUAUGUCCUGAGCUUUUCUUUCCAGUUGCUUCCAGGCAUAUCCCAUAUUUUCUGUGUCUGCCUCUUAGCUUGUGUCUCUAUGUAUUUUUUGUUACCUUCCUCUCUUCCUUUUUUCCUGUAGUUUCCAUGUAAGGGAUUAUUUAGUAACGUUAUCUUGGGUUUACGAAGAGUGUGCCCUAUCGACCUCCAUCUUUUCCUUAUGAUGUCUUCAGCAAUAUGGUUGGUGAUGGUGUUUGGACAUUUUAUUUUGAGAUCUUUCUACGCCAUGUGUUUGUGAAGGACUGUACUUUCUGGGUGAUGCUCGCCGUUGUUCUCCAAGUUUCAGUUCCAUAGAGUAGAGCCAGACAUGACAACCCUUCUGAUUUUGUUGGAAUUAUACAGAUUUUUUACCCCUCAUUCCGACCUUCCGACAAACCCCUUAAAAUUCAGAUUUUCCGAACAUUAUAAUUUUUCACCUGUCAUAAGAAUCCGAAAGUGACAAAAAAACCACACAAAAAUCGGGUACGACAGGAAGUGGUGCAUUUCGAUGAUGCCCCUUCCUUUGUUUUUACUAUGUGUCUACAUGUCCUGCUUAGGACCCACCAGUUGUGUCAAUGGUGAUGCCAAAGAAUGUGAAGGCUUCACUUCAUCCAGUCCAUAUACUCUUGGUUUCCCUUGGGUGUAUGAAAGGGUUUACAUCAGAAGUAGCUUAGGUAGGAGGGGGUUAAACUGGAACAUAACAGUCAUCAAAUCUCAAAAUUAGUGUUACUGUAUGUAAUAAAUUAAAAAUCUGAUUGACCCAUACAAUUUGUAGUACAAUGUUAAUAGAGGAAAAUAUGAGGCUGGCAAAUGUGUAAUGUUUUACACAGUAAAUUAAAUGCAUAUUGCAUGUUGGGUAAGAAGUUUAACUUAAUAGAAACUAAGCACCUAAGAAAUUUCUGAAUAUAAAUUUAAAUUACUGCUCGAUUGUCUAAAAUCACUAUUUGUUUUCAGUUGCAGACUUCAUGUUAGUGGAAUACAGUUUGUUUUAGGGACUGUUCAGCAUCAACAUCAAUCUUAGACAGACGUUGAAAAUGAUAAAAAGUCAUUUAAAGACUAAUUUUCUUUAAAUAGAUUUAAGGACAUCAGAGCGCUGUUAGCAUGCUAAAAUAGCAUUAGACGCAAGUGCUUUAAGAGUACUCAAUCAUCAUCAACAUGUUUUAGCGGCUAUUCAACAUCAAAAUCAACUCUGAAAGUUUGUCUAUCUAUUAACACAACAUAAUAGGUCUUGUAUUAGAAUUAGAGCUCAUGUAAAUGAAAAUUAACAUUUUUAUUUAUUGCCUUUCAUUUGAUAGGUAUGAUUCUUAUUGGCUAUGACGAAGAGUAUGGGCCAACUGUGUACAAAACAGACCCUGCAGGUUACUACUGUGGUUUCAAGGCAACAGCUGCUGGUGUAAAGCAAUUAGAGGCCAACAGUUUUCUUGAAAAGAAAAUUAAGAAAAAAAAUGAGUUCACUGACAGCGAAGCUGUUGAGGUGAGAAUUUCUAAAAAAUAAUUUUAAUGUACAUUUCUAUGGUUUAUUUAUCUCUUAAAAAGUUCAAUGGAAUCAUUGCACUCAAUAUUUUUUUUACUGGUACACUUCUUCUUCUAUAUCUUAAGGGCCCAUGAUCAAUUUAUUGAUCAUUUUGGCUCCUAUGCAUGUAGAUGGGAUUUACAAUGGUUCUGUUCCUGAUGUUGAUGAGGAAAUCAUGCACUAGGGGUUUGAAGGCUUGAGGCAAUAGACACAAAUCUGUCUAGUGUUGUCGCCUCAACCAUUCCUCUUUGUAGUCAGUUUGUUUUUUUUGCAUCAGGAGCCAUAACUCAGCAAAUUUGAAAAAUUGGUGUUACAUGAAGGGGUAGAUUAUAUGUAAGAUUGCAUGAUUGUUUUUCAAAAUAAGUAUAAGUAAUACAAUCCUAUCCAUAUUACUUUUUAAAAAAAAAAAACGAUUUCUAGUUAAAUAAAUAAAUAAUGAAUAGUGGAACAAGAUAUUUUUAAGAAGAUUAUGUGGCAUAAUUCAAGUUAAAAAAUCAUGAAACAAUCACUGUAGUAAUUUUCAACUCUGUAUUGGAUUAAUGCUUUAAAUCUUUCUUUUAGAUUGCCAUCACAUGUUUGUCCACGGUACUGUCAGCUGACUUCAAAGCAUCAGAGCUUGAAGUGGGUAUAGUCUCAAAGGACAAUCCCAAUUUCAGGUGAGAGAAAAUAUUUUCAAUAGUUUACACUUAAUUUUUUUUUUUCUGCAUAUUGUAUAUUUAGUUUUUAAAGCAGUCUUAGUUCUAACGUGUCAUCUAAAGAGAAUAAUAUUAACUGAUAAAACAAUAUAAACAUUUGAAACUAAUAAAUCAUCUUAUCUAAUGAAUAGAUCAGAAUGUUAACAAGAAAAUAUUUAAUUUCAGUCACUCUAAUUUUAUAGAGGAAACCUUGCUGUCUCCUACAAAUACCAUACCCUACAUUCAUUUUUAAUUUUCAGAUAAAUAUGUUUUUGUAUUUCCAGGGUUCUAGCAGAUAAUGAAACUGAUGUAUAUCUUGCUUCAAUUGCAGAAAAAGAUUAAUUAUUCAGCAGAAUGAGUUUGAAUGAGACAUUACCUCCUGUUAAAUCAUGGUAGAUGUGAGGUCAAGUUUUUUUUUUUAUAGAACAUGUACAAAUUCUUUGGUAUUAAUUUGUGGGUGUUGCUGAUACCAUGAAAGUAUGUUUGGAGAUCAAAGUAUGUUUGGAGAUCGAUUAUAUGUGAUGUAAACAAAAAUAUUUUCUCAUUUUUGAAAUGCGUCAGUGCUACUGCUACUGAGUGUAAACCUGAUGGAUUAUGUUAAUUUGGACAUCAGACAAUGUCUGUUAUUGUAUGUUUGGUGAUGUAUUAAAUCAAGAAUAAAUUACUUUGAUUUACUUUUUGACUUCUGUUAAAUGUUGAUAUUUCUAUAUGUUCUAUAUUUUUUAUUAAUCUUUGGUGAUUUGCUGCUCAGAAUGUUAUCAAUAUUUUAAAAAAGUUUAUAAAGGUACAUAAAAGAUAACAUUGGGAUCAUUAGUCAGUCAUAGUUUAGAGUAGAGAUUGUUUAUCAUGCUUUAU